AUGCUUUCCGCUGCCCCACCGGCGUAUGAUGUAGAGGCAAAUGUUCUUUACCACAAGAUUGAAAAACUUGACAAAGAUCUUAAAAAGCGGGAGCUGCAUCUUGCGGAGCUCAUUGACGAGGUGGUGUACGCGGAGGACAGGAAAGACAAGGCCGUCCGCCGUGCGGAAUCUGCCCGUUACCUCGUCAACCAGCUGGAGGGCAUGGUGCAGAACCUGUUGGGGUACUUGAAGUUGAUUGAGGGCGACAUCCUACUGCCGGCCUUCCUGGAACUUUCUUGCGUUAUGCCACAGGAGCCUCUCAAGAGCCGAGAGGUCAUCGCCCAGACCCUUGAAAAGAUCGUCGAGGACAGCCUGAGCUCGCGAACAAAAAAACUUAUUGCCGCGGUGAGGGAAAUUCCCUCCGAAACGAAGAACCUGGCGACACGUGAGGUCUUCAUGCGCACUGUGGCGAAGGAGUCUGUAAGCGUGGAAGAUGCCAUUGUACUCAGCGGCCUGCUUUUGGAGAGGAAAGAGGAGCUCACAGCAUUUAUGGACGACUUGAGGGAUCGUGUUCAAUAUAUUCUUCAGGGCAAUCGCUCCGAAUCACCUGGAGAGGGAAUGAACCGAAGUGUGGGGACAAUUAAAAAUGCCUGCUUUGAUCAUGAGGAGCUUCAAGAGAAAUUGCGUCGUGUGGA